CACCAUCACCACCACCAUCAUCACCACCACCAUCAUCAUCACCACCAUCAUCAUCACCACCAUCAUCACCACCACCAUCAUCACCACCACCAUCAUCACCACCACCAUCAUCACCACCACCAUCAUCACCACCACCAUCAUCACCACCAUCAUCACCACCAUCAUCAUCACCACCACCAUCAUCUUACAGACUUACACCUUCAUCACCAUCAUCACUACCAUCAUCAUUACUACAACAUAAAUGUUGUGUUUCUUUUUUGUUAGAAUGUUUUUGGUCUACCAACGUCAUCGAUGGUGAACGCGUUUUCAUCACCCGGUAAGCAACAAAAACAUAUGUAGCCUGAAAACAGACCUACGUUUCGCGGCAAUGGUUUCCAUCAGAAAUCAUGACCUUAAUUAAUGUAAUCAUCUUAUGUUAGGUAGGUAGAAGAAACUGCCCUUUUCAAUUGUUAACAAGAUCUGUGCUCAAUAUUGUUAUUAUUGAAAUAUGUUUAAAGAUUAUCGUUCAGAGGCAGAGCGUUUGGUAGGGAGAACAGAUUAUAAAUCCGUAGUAGAGGAACAUCAGUCUCUUGUGUCUGCUUUUGCAAAGAAAGGUUUGUUUAUUAGAGUUAGAGUAGAUUUAGAUACCACCGCUUUCUUCUUUCAGUAACACUGGACCAACAAGGAAUGGACCUUACUUGACUUACUAUGGUUUCGAGAGUGCAAUUUGGGGGAAAAUGCACGAGUGAGUUUUUCAAAGACGAUCAAAAUUGCACAAGUUCGAAGGACGAGUGUAAUUUGAAGUCUUUGAAAAAUUCACGAGUAUAUGUUUUGCACGAGAAACCAUACUAUUACUUAAUCUUAUUAUUAUUAAUAUUUAAAAUUAUUUGAAAACUGUAGCCCUUAAUAUACAUGAAAGAAUUGUCCAGUCACAUGCUUGCGUUGGUCACAUGGGAAAUAGUUAAUUUUAAUAGAAAUAAUUUUAAUAGAAAUCUACUAAAAACGCCAGCCAUUUUUAUCACUUGUAAAUGUUUGGGUUUUUCGUAUUAGUUUUUGCUAGAAAUGGCUGUAUCUUAUAGUCAGGGUAUUUCAUCUUUUGGCACUGCAUGUAUUUCGAAAAAAUUGUACUGCUCUUAGCCAAUCAGAAUUGAGCAAUUUUUUCAUGUAUAUUAUUAAUAAAGUUAUUUCAGUGCAGCCUUCUUCAGAGUUCAGAUUUGACUAUACCACUACCCCUCACAGGCCCAGUACCCAAUACCCAUUUGAUUGGUUAAUCGGAUAUAUCAAACCCAUCUGAUUGGUUAAUGGUCCCUUAAGGGUAGUGGUCUCUUUACAGACAAGUGUGGUGUAAGAGAAAUACAGUUACCUCAAAAAUAUAGACAGCAGGGCCUUCGCUCGUAACGUCGAAAGUUCUCUUUAUAUUUUCCCGGGGCGGAUUUACGCAAGGCCGGAUUUUGGUGGAAAUAGUGGGAGAGGUGUCAAAAAAAUUAGGGGAGGUGCAGCGGUCUAGCUCACGAUCCUCAUAGAAAGUUAGGGCGAAGAACGGACCAAAGUCAACGACGUGUAGCAUGUACUGUACAAUAUGUAUCGGUGUAUUAAUGAUGACUGUACAACUCAUUCAAUUUUACCCUUCAUUACAAUUGCUACAAAGUUUCUUUCAAAACAUUGCAUUAAAAGAGUAUUUGACACAGAGAUGAAUGGCUAUCAUUGUUUCAAUUUUACAGAAAAACUUUAUUAUGAAGUUUAGACCCUAAGCAACCAAAAAAUGUCAAAUUUUCACUUUGAUCUAUCAUUGAAACUUUCCCAAGGGGAGGUUUUUUGGUUUCCCAAGGGGAGGUUUCAAAUUAUCCACAAAAAGCAAAUGAUCCACAAAAAGCAAAUGAUCCAAAUGAUCUACAAAAAGGAAACGAUCCAAAUGCACCAGCCAAAAGCCUGACGAUCCAAAACAAAUAGGUAGCUAAAAUUAUUAUUUAAAAAACAAAGAACAACACGAAAUGAUAUAAUUCCAUUAUCUCCUAUUGGUGUGACGUCACUCUUGACUUGUGACGUCACCCAUGACUUGGUAUAUCGCGCAUAAACCGAUCUCAGGGGAGGUUCGCACCUCCCCACACCUCCCCUCAAAAUCCGGCCAUGAUUUACCGCAUCCCCUUAGAGAAGUCCAGCACCACCCUAAAAAAAUCUGACCAUACAUUUUCUGCUUUUCGAAUAGCGUUAGCGAAAUCUUUACUGUUAGCGCUUGUCGAUUUCUUGAAACGAUUUGUGAACUCGGGAAAAAAAUACUCGGAAUGCUUUAGUUAAAUAUCAUGGUCACAGAUUUCACGAAACUUUGACCACAAAUGUUCCGAACUUCGUGGCGAAGUUCGCAAGUUCACAUUGAAAUUCACAAGCCAAUUUGUAAACAAAGUUCCCGAUUGGUCCCUGAAGUGAAAGAAAGCCAAUCAAAUGCGUAGUUUACAAACUGGUUUGUCAAUCUCAUUAUGAACUUUUGAACUUCGCAAAGAAGUUCGGAACAUUUGUGGUCAAAGUUUCGUGAAAUCGACUGUAAAUAUGUGGACAUGUCGAGGUUGUUAUACAGCCAUAUUUUCAAAUAUACUGUACUUUAACAAACACAUUUACUGCACUGUUUUACAGCAACUGUCGUGGGUAUACUAAAAAGUGGGUAUAAACUUUAUAAACAAAAGAUAAUGUAAAAAGAAUGGCGAACGUGCAGAUUCGGCCAUCUCAAAUUAAUAAUGAUAAUGUUGGGAUAGCAGCGUUGCAGACUGCAGAGGAGACUGGGCAGUAAGGCUCCCUCAUGCACCACCCCAUGGAAAACUUGCACCCUUCCUUGCAGAUGUGGUUAGACCCGCCCCUGAUAUUUUUCAGACAGUUGUAUUUUUCCCAAAACCCAGCUAUUGUCGUUGUCACUACUUGCACUGGCAUCGACCGUCGUAAAUAAUUUCUUCUACAAACAUUCUCUGUAGGUCUGGGAAGCAACACAGACACCAUAUCAUCCGUAGCGGCUAUAAAUAGUGGUUUAGAUCUCUCCGACUUUCCCGUGCUGGCAAACAGACCCAUGGCUCAUAUCCCUUCCAGUGUCUCGUCACCCUCGUCUACAGCAAAUCCCGGCUCCUUUGUCGGCAGAGCCAGUUAUGGUAAGUAAGCCAUCUCAACUUGAAAUCACUCGGUAAACACAAGGGUGGAAAUUAGAAAAAUUCAUAUCCGACUUCCAAUACCACUAUUUCUCGCUUGCCUAGCACUCGUCUGAUUGGUUAACCGGAUAUAUCAAACGCAUCUGAUUGGAUAUGGCAAUACAAAUUAACUUCGUCUUAUUUGAAAGAACUUUUAUAGUUAUAUAUGAAGACCCUUUACAACUUUUUCGUACCUUGCUUGGUUUUCGAUAUAUUUUGACUAAAAACAGUGUGCAUGCAGUCCGCCAUCCUGGUAUUAUAAUUGACCUAAUUAAAGCCGGUUACAGACGAGGAAGUUUUUAUGUGACAAGUUUUAUUUGCCAAGUGUACGUAUGUAUAUGCAACAAGUUUUUCUAUGACAAGUUUUCAUAUGACAAGUUUUAUUUACUGGCGUGAAUGUGUCAGAAAAACAUUGGCAGAAAAAUUAUAAUAGUCCGCUGGCUAAUACGGACGAACAAAAUUUGUACUUUGAUGACAAUUUUUCCUAUGACAAGUGCAUGCACUUGUUCAAAAGCUAGCAUGCUAGCUAGCGGUCCAUCUGCAUUAGGGUUAGGGGUUAGGGUGUGGGGGUUAGAGGUUGGGUUAGGGUUAGUAUUAGGGUUUGGAUUAGGAUUAACGUUUGGAUUAAUCGUAGAUCCAUUACAACCCAAUACUUUAUUGCAUACAAUGGCAUUACAACGCCAAUAGAUUAUUGGUUACAACGUGCGGAACGGCUGUGUCUGCACACUUUCUUUGGAGACACCAUUUGCCUACUGAUAAAUCGGAAAAUUAUCAAGAUAGUGACUCUGAUUGAUUUAAAUAUUGUAUUGACAUAUUCUGUUGACAUUGCUUUUUAGUCUUCAAUAUUUGAGUGAGUCUUGCUUUGGAAAUGACAAUAAAUUUUUAUUACCAAACCCUUGAGUUGUUUUGUUUUUCAUUUACCCAACCUUUUACUCGCUUAAAAUCUUGUUUACCCAACCCUUUUCUCUUCGGUGGAUAUUUCGUAUUGUGUUUCGUGAAUCGUGUCAGAUCUGUCUCUGGUAUAAAUUGGUUCAUUCAAAACAUUGAAACUUUCCUGCAGGCUUAGUAUCAAAACGUGGUGAGCCUACGACAGAAUUUACAAUGCUCAAUGAAGACUUUCCUGCUCUUCCUGGGACUAGUAUCAAAGCAGGUUAGAAUGGACAACUUGCAUGUUAGACUAAAUUUUAAUCGAAGUAAAGAGAAGGGAAUCAAACACCUGUGCAGCUAAAAAGAACAUAAUCAAAGUAGUAAAAGUUUCCGUUCAGUUUCCGCUAGAUACUUCCCAGACUACCACAUAUAAUGAAAAUAAUGGAUCAAUCCCCAGUUAACCAAAAUUUUGAUCGCAACAAGUCUAGACAAAAUUCCAUCAUAGCAUGAAAAAGCAUCACAAAAUUAGAAAAAAUUCCGAAGUUUCGUUGCGAAAUGUUGUAAAACGCAGAUAAUAUAGCCUUGCGAAAUUUGCAAUUUUCAGUCAUUUUGUAUUACAAAUGGGAAACGGGUACCACUUUUCCAAGAUUUUGAUCUUAACUAGCCUAAACAAAAAUUUCAUCACAGCUUGAAAGAGCAUCACAAAAUUAGUGAUAUUCCAAAAUUUCGCAUGCGAAAUGUUGUAAAAUGCUGAUAAUAUAGCACCCGCGAAGUUUGUAAUUUUCAGUCAUUUUGUAUUACGCACAGAAGUGGUAACCAUUUCCCGUUUGUAAUCUAAAAUGACUGAAAAUUGCAAACUUCGCAAGGCUAUAUUAUCCGCAUUUUGCAAUAUUCUGCAACGAAACUUUGGAAUAUUACUAAUUUUGUGAUGCUCUUUCAAGCUGUGAUGAAAUUUUUGUUUAGGCUAGUUAAGAUCAAAAUUUUUGUCUAGACGUGUUGAGUUCAAAAUUUUGGUUAAUUGGGGGAUUGGUCCAUUGACAUUCUCUGGUAACUGCAGGUUGAACACCAUCUUAAUGAAACCCAACUGCAUUUGUAAUUUGUGUUGUGUAAAGUGAUCAUUGUGUUUUGUCAUUUUGUUUCAGAAAUGUCAACCGAGUCACUAAGUCAGGAAAAUAAGCCAGUAAGAAAUUAUGUCCACUGCAGUUUAUGCAAUAACUUGAAAUUUAAAAGAUAAUUUAUGCCAAGAAUCCGAGAAACUCCAAUAUCAAAUAUUGAACUAUUUUCUCUUUUGCUUUCUUGUAGGCAGUUCAACGAUUUGGUAAGCCAUCUACAUAUAGCAUAUAUAGGCAGCCCAGCAAAUAUAUGUAUUCACUUAAAUAUUAUGAACAAAGUUCAUGGAAUGCAAUAUAUUAUAUUUGGAAUUUUCCGAUUUUUCUUCAAGCAAUAAGCCGUUCGUUUUUUCCGAUUAUGACGUUUGUCGAGCAAUUUGCAUCCCGCCUAUUUAUAGAAAAAUGUCGAUAAAACAGGGCCUCUUUUAACAUAUAGACUGUCCCCCCCAGCCCUCUUAGUGACCCCUCCAGUCAGCAAUUUUGUCCCCCCCCCCCACCCCCAGUGCAAGGUCCCUAAGAACUAUGGUCAACCAGCAAUUGUAUAUCAAAGUGAGAAAAUGAUAUAAGCUGUUAACAUUUCUGAAUUUGAGAUUUAAUAGUUGAUUUCAGCUAUAGACUAAAUUUUGAUCUCGGCAACAAGAACAAAACCAAUCACCACAGCUAGAAAGAGCAUGUUAAAAUUAGUAAACUUGCAAAGUUUGGCCGCGAAAUGUUGUAAAAUGCGGAAAAUAUAGUCCUUCGAAAUUUGCAAAUUUUGUAUUAAUUUGUAUUACGCGCGGGAAAACUUUCGGCCCAAAUUGUGGUGCAUUUUCUCGCGCGUAUAAUACAAAAUUUGCAAAUUUCGCAUGGCUAUAUUUUCCGCAUUUUACAACAUUUCGCGGCCAAAUUUUGCAAUCUUACUAAUUUUAACAUGCUCUUUCUAGCUGUGGUCAUGGAUUUUGUUUUUCUUGCCCAGAUCAAAAUUUAGUCUAUAGCCAGAGGGCUAUAGCUAGAAUCAUCUAUUAAAGUACUUCUAAACUUUUUUCAACUCUAAAAAUUAUUAGCAAUGUUAGAAAAUAUAUCCAAGGUGUUUUGUGACUUUGCUGUCAGCGAACCUAUUUAAUAAUGUGUGUAAAUGUAUUUUGUCAAAAAGUUGCCCGCCUUAGGAUAUAAUAUUUUAGUAUUUUUGCACAAGUGAACAUAACAAAUCCUACAAGUUGAUUGGUCAAAUUUGAUGUAUUCAGCUGUUAUAUUCACCUACAGGUUUUCAGAAUGGCGGCUAGCCGUUUUGUGGAAGUUAUACUGAUAAAGAAAUAAUCGAAAUUCAAAUAAAUUCAGUCCCAAAAAACACAAAACCUCGACUUCGUCUCGGCGAAUAUUCCACGAUAAUCACCUCGCCUUCGGCGAAUAAUUGUUAAAUAUUACAAUACAAUCUGCAUACAUAAUGCGAAUCUGCAUACAUAAUGAGCUACACAAUAAGUCGCUUGAUAGCAAAGUCAGACGAACUUUAUACGCAUUUUUAAGUGAAUACAUGCAUAUAUUUUCUGGACUGCCUGUGGAUAUAGCAGUCUGCAUGUGUAUUUAUUAUGCUCUAAGUUGAAUCAACAUGUGUUUAUCAUUUUAGGAAGUACUUCAUCUUACGAACAAGUAGCGAAAGACGAAAUGAGG